AUGGUGAAGAGUGAUGCAGUCUACAGUGCAAACCACUACAGAGGCAGUAGGGGUGAUGAUAAGCAGACGAGGAAAGAGAUCAAAGCUUUGGAAGACAAGAUCGACCUACUCAUUGCUGAAAAAGCCACCCAAGAGCAGCUGAAGUUUGUUGGUAACUCCAAGCAUUAUGAUCCACCUGCUGUCAAUGAGGUUGAGGGGGUCAAGAGGAGUUGUGUUUCAUUAACAACAAUGGUAGCUAUCAAGAAUUUAGAGAAUGAGUUUGCUUCCAAGAAAACUCACCAGACUCGCCAGCAAGGAUCUCUACCUGGAAAAUCUGACCAAAACCCCAAGGAGGCCAAAGCUAUCACCCUUAGGAGUGGUAAGCAGUUACCUCCUACAACCCUCACCAGGGAUGCUGAGAAACUAGGUGAGGAGGUGGCCAUCAACUUAGAUGAUGAAGUGCUGCUAGAGAAGUACAAGGCUUUGUUUGACAAGCAAAUGAGUGAAGCUCAGGUUGCAAUGCCCAUCAUCGAUGCUUUCAUGUUGAUUCCUCAAUACAACAAGUUCCUGAAAGAUGUUGUAGCUGCAAAGAAGAAGGAAAUGGAAAGCAUGAUGAUUCUUACCCAUGAGUGCAGUGCCAUCAUCCAAAGGCUUGAUGUUCCAGAGAAUGUCAGCGUGAUGCCUUUGUCUGUUGCAAAGAAGCUUGGAUUCGCUCAGUACAAGAAGUGUAGACUCUCUCUGGUGUUAGCUGAUCGUUCAGUGAAGUACCCUGUGGGCAUCUUAGAGGACCUCCCUGUGAAGAUUGGACGGUAUGAGAUACCUACAGAUUUUGUGGUGCUUGAGAUGGGUGAGGAGGCUCAAGACCCAUUGAUUCUUGGAAGACCAUUCCUAGCUACAACAGGAGCAAUUGUUAAUGUGAAAGAGGGCACGAUUGAUCUCCAUUUGGGUAAAAGGCAUGUUCUCCACUUUGACAUCAAGGGGAAAAUGAAGAAACCAACUGUGUUCGGGCAAGCCUUCUAUAUUGAAGAGAUGAGCACUCCUACUGAUGAGCACCCUGAAGAGUUACCACCUGAGGACGACGAGGAGGGAGCAUCUCCCUCUACUCAUUCCCCAUAG